ACAAGAUGUCAUGGAGUGACCUGACUGUGACGCUGAAUAGUGAUGGCUCUCCAGUUUUCAAAUCCAGCAAGGGAUCAUUGUGGCCAAUUCAGGUGGCCUUGAAUGAGCUACCUGUUCCACAUCGCUGGAAAAAUAUUCUUGUUGGGGCAGUAUGGUUUGCCAAAGAGCAUCCACCGUGUCAUCUGUUUUUAAAAACAUUUGUUGACAAGUUCAAUGCAAUUGGCACACUGGUGUGGACUUUUGCUGGACGCACUGUGCGUUCCACAGUCAGUGCCCUAUGUUGCUGUGUUGACUCACCGGCACGGGCUGCUCUGCUAAAUGCAAAGCAGUACAAUGGAUACUAUGGCUGCUCAUGGUGCUUUCAGAAGGGGACACUCAUCGAUGGAACACUGAAGUAUAUCUUUGAAGGUCCAGAUGCGAUGGAAAGGUGCCACGACUCAGUCAUCAGUGCGAUGUCAAUUGCAGCCUCAAGGGGGUGCCCUGCGGACGGCAUAAAAGGCCCAUCUGCUGUUGCCAACCUACGGACAUUGGACUUGGUGUGGGGUUUUCCUCCGGACUAUUUACAUUGCAUCUUGGAAGGUGUUGUAUGUCAGUUAAUGGAACUGUGGCUCAGCUCCACUGGAAAGCCAUGGUAUAUUGGCAAUAGAAUUAGGAUUUUGAAUGACCGCAUGAUGAAAAUUCGUCCUCCUGGAUUUUUUACGAGAUUACCAAGGUCGCUUUCCGAAAGAUCAUUUUGGAAAGCAAGCGAAUUGAAAUAUUGGCUUUUGUAUUAUGGAGCACCUUGUCUGGAGAAUAUCUUGCCACAUAAAUACCUGCUCCACUUUUCUUUGCUUUCACACAGCACUUACUUGCUAUUGAAAGCAAGUAUAAAAGAAUGGGAAAUAUCACAUGCUGAUCUUUUGCUACAGCAGUUUGUUCAAGAAAUGCCAAAGCUCUAUGGUGACAACACCUUCACGUUUAAUGUGCACCAACUUGUCCACAUAGCAAAAUCAGUUCGAAUGACAGGACCACUUUGGGCCACUUCUACAUUUCCCUUUGAAGGGGGAAAUGGUGAUCUUCUAAAGCUUGUGUCUGCUGCCAAAGGUGUGCCUCAGCAAAUAGCAGAGAGAUGUAUCAUGCAGGAAAUGUUAAAAUCACUUAAGCGCAUUGUUUUCCUUCCACCUAUGUUGAAAAAAAAGCAACAAAUCAUUUCUGGAAAAAAAACUGUGAAUCAUUAUGCUUCAGCUGUCAUGGGUGCACCUUUGCCUGCAUCCAAUCUAGAAAGCAGUGUACAUAGUCUGUUAAAUGCGUUAGGUCCUGUGUCAACGAUUGGCGAAUACUUCAGGGCACAAAUUAGAGGAAUCAUUGUGCACAGUUCACACUAUAAAAGAGCAGAAAAGUCUUGUUCACAGUACAUUGAAACUUGUGAUGGAAGGCUUUGUAGAAUAGUGAAUGUGCUUUCUGUAGAUAGUUCCAUGGUGUUCGUAUGUCAGGAACUUAUGUUUACCGAGAGUCUUAUGCCCUUCCUCUAUGAAGUUGAACAUCCACCGCCUGAUGUUGGGUUGUGCUUGUUACAAGAAGAAAGCAUUUUUUCAUUAUGUGUCUAUGUAGAGCGAAAUGACAAGUCAUUCAUUGUAAAAAUUCCAAAUUUGUACGAAAGAGAUUAGGUUCUUUGUAGCAGAAACAAAGCAAGCAAGCUCUUGAAUUCCAUUUUAGUGAGAUGGGCUUAUCUUAAUACACUUUAUAGGGUUGCCAAUUAUAGUUUUUUUAGUUCAAUGUAAAAGAUACAAUUGGGAGCAAAAGUGUGGAGAGCACAAAUGCUGUUUAAAAAAUAUUUCCUUGACAGUCUAGCAAGGCAUGCACCUUGAAAUCAAGCAGCACAGCUUAUGUGUGUGUGUGUUCAAGCACUUUAAUUCCUUGCAACAGUUCAACGUAGCGUGGCUGUGCAGGAAAGUUUUCUUUAGUUUUGGCUGAAGCGAUGGUCUUUUGUACCCAUCUAUACCUUCCUGUGUGCUCAAUACUGCAUUGAUUAAGCAGAAAAGGCUGUGUAGCAUUUUUUAUAAAAACCUUUCUACUGUGGUCACAAUUGUUUUUAUGCUGUAAACAGGGAUAAGUCAGUCUGAUAGCAAUUCUAUGGUGGCGUGAGAGAGAUAAUGGACAUGUUUACUUUGUACCUCGUCUCCAGAGAUAAGCUGUAAACAAGUGUGGCCCCAACCAUAACAAAAUGUUUUCUUUAUCAAGGCAGUCAUGUAGUUCAUGCUUUGAGAACUUAUGUUUGCGAUCCCUAUGAUAAAAGGGAGCUUCUUUGUUUAAUGUUUAGCAUUU